ACUCGUUCUUGUCGAAGCCAUAGACGCUAAUCUUGUCGAGCGUCACCUGAUGAAGGAAUGGUUUCACCAUGGAGAAUACCAAGUUUCAAUCAGCAACAUGGGAUGUUGUGGGCCAGUCUUUUGGGGCAUUACCGGAUUAGCGGGCGCUAUCAUAGCGGCUACGCUAGCCAUCGGUCUACCUUUUCUCGUCAACUACUUGGUCGAUGAGCAAUUUAAGUUGUAUCCUGGCACGCAAAUGUACGAAUUUUGGGAGGUGUCGCCCGUGCCGAUGUACAUUUACAUGUAUUUAUACAAUGUCACCAAUGCAGAAGACGUCAUUAACUUCAAAGCUAAGCCGAUCCUUCAACAAGUUGGACCUUACACUUACACGGAGGUGCACGAACGCGUCAACAUAGAGAUGCACGAUCACAAUUACACGCUGAAAUUCCAGCAGAAGCGAUGGUGGCAGUUUGUGGAAGAGCGGAGCAACGGUUCUCUGGAAGACCAAAUCACCACUGUGAACGUUCCUCUUUUGAGCGCCGCGUACAGCAAUCGAUUUUCUCGAAAAUUAAUCAAGGACAACUUGAAUUCCUUUAUCGAUGAAUCCAACAGCACCGUGUUCAUCACAAAAACGGCCGACGAGUUCAUUUUCAAGGGCUACUCGGAUCCCUUUCUGGACGCACAAGCUCAGCUGCCGCCAGGAUUGCUUGACAUUCCAUCGUACGACAAGUUCGGCUGGUUCUAUGGACGUAACGGGUCGGAGUCAUUUGAUGGCGUCUUCAAUAUAUUCACCGGUGUCGAUGACAUCAGCAAACUCGACGUAAUGGACAUGUGGAACUACACCCGACAGACCAAGUAUUACGAAUCCUAUUGCGGGAUGGUUAACGGCUCGUUUGGCGAAGGAUGGCCGCCCAGAAGAGAACGCACCAGCAUCUCGAUGUACUCCUCUGAUCUUUGCCGGUCGAUUACCAUGGACUACACGGAAGAUGUCGAAAAAAAUGGCGUGACGUUUUAUCGCUUUGCCGGAACGAGGAAAAUGUUUGCCAGCGUCGAAGAAGAUCCGGACAACUGGUGUUUUUGUUCGGGCGGCACCUGCAAUCCUUCGGGUGUCACCAACUCGACGACUUGUCGCUACGGAUCGCCGGCAUUCGUCUCUUUCCCUCACUAUUACGAGGCCGACACCUUCUUCCAAAAUCAGGUGGAAGGAUUGAAUCCGCAAAAGGAUCUACAUCAAUUUCACGUGGAUCUUGAACCGCGCACUGCUACUCCGUUAAAGGUGGCGGCUCGUUUUCAAAUCAACAUUCUGAUGCAAUCUAUACCGGGCAUUGAAGUCGUCGAAGAUGUCCGGGAGGUGUACAUGCCAGUGAUCUGGUUCGGUGUUGAGGCUGAUUUAAGCGACAAACUUUUGGGAUUGAUCCAUUUCAUGCUAAUAGGACCCUACAUUGGAUGCUUCUUAUUUUUCCUGAUGUUCGUUACCUGCAUAAUUGUGGUCGCAAAAAGUGCAGUCAAGUAUUCCAAGAUGAGAAAGGAAGUUCCGCCAGUACAUCCGGAGGAAGAAGGUGAUCGAUCGAAAGAAGAAGACCUUGAAAAAUCAGAACCCAUUCAAAAAACAAAUACGUAAAAUUUUAUUUAAUUCCACUUUGACGUGUGUUCAAUGCAAUAGCUUUUGGAAUUUUUUUUAAAUAAAAAGUUUCUUUUUUUGUAA